CCAGGCUGUAUAAAUAUCUGUGAGCUGUUGGUGAAAAGCUCAGCUCACAGGGAGGGAAAGCAGACUGGAGGUAAAGCUCAGCCACGCUCCAGCGCUGGACGGAGAAGAUCAGGGGCCUCAGAGGAACCGGAUCAGAGAAGCGUCUCAAACAUGUUCCUGCUCCUGCUGCUCGCCGGGCUCCUGCUGCAAGGUGACGCUCAGGACCAGGCGUCUCUGUGGAGAGGAAACGACAGGAGCGGGAGGUGUGUUUACAGCUUCACCGUACCCAGCCCUGUGGAGGCCAGCUGCCCACAGCCUGCAGCUCCAGAAGUGGAGGCUCUGAAGGUCAGACUCGGCGUGCUGGAGAUGCUGGUGUCCCAGCUGAGCGGUAAGAGCCUCCAGCCUCCGGGGGGGCGUCAGGGUGCUGGAGACAGAGCUCAGGCUGAGCUGCAGGACGCACUGAACCGAGCCGUGGCAGAGAGGAGUCUGUUGCAGGGCGAAAAGGAGCGUCUGAAGAGGGAGAUGAAGGCUCUUCAGCUCAGAAUGGAGGAAAUGAGGAGGGAGACGGAACGGCUGAGGAAGAGACCCUGUCCUCAGACGCCGGCGGCCCCGCCGAGCCACCCCCAGAGGGACAGGGCCCCGACGAGACCCCUCGAGGACUCCGCGUGGCAGUAUGGGUCCCCAGCAUUCCAGGAGCUCAAGGCGGAGGUGACGGAGGUUCCAGUUCCUGACAGCAAACAGAACCAAACAGGCUGUGGUGACCUGCUGUCAGUUGGAGAGCCGGUCAGUCACAGAAGGGCCGACAACAUCGCGGGGAAAUAUGGAGUCUGGAUGCAGGAUCCUGAGCCGGUCUCUCCAUAUGGACCCAACAUGGUGUGGCGCAUUGACACCGUUGGCACGGAGGUCAGGCAGCUGUUUGGAUAUGAAGACCUGGAGCAGCUCUCUAAAGGUUUCCCAUCUAAAGUCCUGCUGCUGCUGGACCCCCUGGAGAGCACCGGGGCCACUCUCUACCGAGGCUCCCUGUAUUACCAGAGAAGACUCAGCCGCACUCUGAUCCGCUACGAGCUGGCUGCUGAGCACGUGGCUGCCCGCCGGGAGCUUCCUCACGCCGGCUUCCACGGCCAGUUCCCCUACUCCUGGGGAGGCUACACGGACAUCGACUUGGCUGUGGACGAGAAGGGGCUGUGGGCGGUCUACUCCACCAGCAAGGCCCAAGGAGCCAUCGUGAUUUCACUGCUGGAUCCGCUCAGUCUGGAGGUCAGGAGGAGCUGGGAGACCAACAUCAGGAAGUCGUCCGUGGCCAACUCCUUCAUCAUCUGUGGGAAGAUGUACACCGUGGCCAGCUACUCUGCUCCGGACAGCACCAUCAACUAUGUCUACGACACAGAAACCAGCCAGGGGAAGGCCGUAUCCAUCCCUUUCAAAAACAAGUAUCGCUACAACAGCAUGAUCGACUACAGCUUGGCCCAAAGGAAGCUGUUUGCGUGGGACAACUUUCACCUGGUGUCCUACGACAUCAGGAUGAGUCACAGCCCGGCCACCUGAGGCCAGCAGGCCCAACCGUUUCAGCGACGCCGACCUGUUCCUGCAUCAGAGACUCAAACCUUUAGAGCAACGCGAGCGGCAGAUGUUAGCCCAAGCACGACUGUGGAGAACUGGAUUAGUGGCAAAUGAAAGAGGAAUUAUUUUUAUACCGCUUUUAAUCCUGAUGUUUGACGUUUUAAUCAAAGUAUAUCUGGAAAUGGAGCAGCAAUGUUUGUGCUUAAAGCUCAACUAUUUGUAUAGCCGAAUCCCGUGGUUCUACAUAGAUCUGAGAAAGAAUGCAUGGUUAUUGCAUGCAUUUGCAGCAUCAAGACAGCGUAUGAAAUAAACUUGACUGUUUUCCAUUUUGUGUCAAAUGCACAUAAAGUCUUGUGGCUUAAA